CGGCAGUUAUAGGUUGACGGCGGGACAGAAUUAAGUGUCGUGAACGUUGUUGUUGCUCAGAGACAGGUUGUGUACUCAGUUUUAGCGAAAAUCAAUGUCAAUUUGUCAGGUCAUGGUUUCGUUAAAAUGCAACUGAAAAAUUCAGAUUUUUGGAGGUCAGGGGUGCACGGACGAAAUGAAGAAUAAAAAACCAAAGGCUACCAAAGUGGGGAACAAGAAAAAGAAAGUCCCCAGUGACAUUUCGCCGUCUACGAGUCUGCCUCCUCUGGUGGAAGGGCAGGUGCGAUGCUUUCUCAGAGUGACAGUUGGCAAGGUUCUGUGGACCAUUCCCAAACCACCGGCGGCGCCUCUGGUCAGGCUGCGAUGGUGGGGAGAGUCGUCCAGCGGAACCCAUUUCCGUCCACGGGACGGGUCUUCCGCGGACCAGAGAGGAGUCAAGACAACGGCCCGAUUUGCCAUCCGCUGCGGACCGAAGCAGUUCACCUCUUACCUGACAGAUAUGGGGGUUUUGGUGUUGGACGUUUUGACAAACCCAGACCAUUUGCCAUUUGGUCGAGUCCAGGUUACUGGAAUUGCCCGACUCUCUCUGUCCCACUCUAUUAGUGGAUUCUUCACAUUGGUGUCCCCAACCUCUGAAAAGCUGGGAGAGUUACAGGUCUCUCUCACCCUGGAGCCCCUGAUGGAAACGUACGACAGCUGCAGUUCGGUUCACACCGCGGACGCCAGCGCGGACACAGCGAUGCCCACGCAGGGCCCCCUGUCCAGCGCCGCCGCGCGCAAGGACGUGCUGGUGGUGCCGUCUCUGUCCCGCCCGCUGACCGCCCACAGCGGGCGAGACUCGGCGGCCAGCAGCACCGCCAACACACCCAGAGGGAAAGAUCACUUGUACUUCCAAGAGACAAGUAACGGCCAGGAGGGGCCCAGUUCUGCAGCCCUGAGGACCGUGGCCUUCACAGGCAAUGGGCACCCUUCAGUCUCUCAGUAUGAAGAUGAUGAACUGAGGAACAGAGCUCAGGUGUCAAAGCAAGAGUCCGCCAACAUCCUGGCUGACGGUCAGACCUCCAAGGACAUCCUUUCAGUUCUCUUAGACCGCGGUAGCAAGCUCAGGAAUGCUAUGGUGGUUUCGGCUCUGAAGUCCAACCUGGAUUCUGACCUGGCUCUGAAGGACAUCCCGUUACCUGUGUCAAGAGACAACAUCGCCACACUGCCAUCGCUGCUGCCCAGGCCCUCAUCCGGGAGGUUGCUGGAGAAUCUCCUUCACAGUGAGCCCAGUGUCUUCCCCACCCGCGGUCUGCGCUCCCCGGAGCCCCCGGACACGGACUGCUUCCCCGACACGGAGAACAGGGCGGUGGAGCUGCUCCUGGGCAGCGUGGAUGGGUCGACCUUAUGGGACCGGGACAGUUCCCCACUGGAGUUCCUCUCUGGGGGCAGCAGUGUUUUGGGGGACAGUGAGCUGAACGACCCGCUGUAUGACGAGAGCCUGCUGGAGACCCUCUUCUACCCAUCAGCCAAGUCUGAUGGCAACGUGAGUGAGUGCACCGCUGAUGAAGAUGAUGGUCUGCCCAUGAAGAAGAAACAGAAGAAGAGGCAGAGUGCAGGAAAAAAUGAGAAAGAGGAGGAAACAAGAUGUUCUGGCAUGAGGCUGAGCUCACAGGACCCCAGGCAGAAUCCAGAGGAGGGCGGUGCACUACCGGACCCGAGCUCGGACCUCAUCGCUGAACUGCGCCGAACGCAUCUGGCCAGGGUGCUCAUCCGCUCCCUUGCGGUCCCCGCUGACAGCGCCCCCGCCACGCCUCACAAGACCCCCGGCAGGGGCAAACCACCGCGCCCCCACCCCCCCAGGAGAUGCUCAUACUUUGUGGAGUAUUUAUUUCCUGUGGCGCCUUCUAGACGUGAUGCCAAACAGGGAGCCAUGGCAACGGAAGUGACUCGAGUUGCCUCCUGUAAAGUUGCAGGAGGAGUGGUGAAGUUCCAGCAGCAGACUGUGUUCCCAGUUCAGUUUAGCGAGGCCACUGUCAAACACUGGUGGGGCACAGAUCUCACCUUCAAGAUCUACUCCAGAGAACGGUUCCAGAAGAAACCUGUACCCUUCGGCAGAGCUGUCUUGCCCCUGCGCUCCCUCCUGAGCAGCGAGCAGCUGAAGCAGGCCAAGGCCCUGCCUGUCCUGGGCCUGGAGGGGGCCACAGAGGGACAGGAAGUGGGGAAACUCAAGGUGUCUGUGGAGCUGGGGGCCGUCAGCAAAGAUUUCUCACCGGCCAAAGUGAAAGGCAGCGAUCAGGGCUGUGCUGAGCCCUCGAACACGGCCCCUAACCCCCCGAGGAAGGCCACGCCCACUGAUGACAUCAUCAGCACCCCGCCGCAGAGGUUGGACAGGGACCGGGACAGGGACAUGGAAGAGACCCCUUCCGUACCUACGGGAGGAAUGGAGAGGGAGGGAGGGGCCCCCGUUUCUGGAGUUUGGGGUGUCCAGGACAGUCAGGUGGUGAGGCACCCUGUCCCCGCCCAUACGCCUGUACCCCUGAGCUCUCCAGUCAGAACGCAGCAUCAUCAUCAUCAUCAUCCUCAUCCUCAUCCUCAUCAGCAGCAGCAGCAGGCUGAGGGGGAGGGAGGGGUUCUGCUGCACGCCUUGCUCCUGGUGCCUGAUGGGAAGGAUUUUAACUGCAGCCCCACGCCCCCUAACGUCUACCUCAACUGCAAGAUGUUCGGCUCCGACGAGACCACGAGAUCAGCGGUCUGCUGGGGCCAAACCGAUCCCGUGUUUAACUUCACCCAGGUGACUCCGGUCGUCCUGUCCCCCAGACUGCUGGAGAGGAUGAGGAACAACGUGAUGGUGAUUGAGGUGUGGCAGAAGGGCGGUUCGGGGCAGAAGGGCAGUUCGGGGCAGGACCGGCUCCUCGGCCUGGUCAAAAUGCCCCUGCAGCAGUUCUACAUGUCCUUCAGAGACCCGAGGAUCUCCCGGCUGCUGCUGCAGGUGCAGUUCCCCGUGGUGGCGGUGGACAGCUACAUGCCUGUGGUCGACGUGUUUUCGGGCAGCGCCCGGGGCAACCUUCGGGUCCUGCUGGCCAUGGGGCUGGCGGAGCAAAUUGCGUCCUUGCAGCGAAUGAGGGACGAAGACCUUGGCUCAGUGCCCCGCCCUCCACGGCCAGUCCACUCCCUGGAUCAGAGGCAGCACAUAGAGCCGAAGGUGAACGUGCAGCAGGAGGAGACGACGCUGGAGCACGUGUUCGAGGUGACGGUGGAGAGGGUGAAGGGUCUGGCGCCGCUGCAGUCCACCGUGUGGGGGGAGGCCGACUGCUAUGUGCAAUACUCCUUUCCCACGCAGGAGGAGGACCCCGCCGGAGCCCUGGACUCGCACACCAUAGAGAGCAGCGUGUGCCUGAGGCCGUUCCGCACGGGCACGGUGCUGUGCGUGCCCGACCCGGUUUUCGGGCACAGCGAGAGCCACGCCCUGCUGGCCCCCGCGGGCGUCCCGGUGCAGAGGCUGCUGCUCAGCUCCUGCUCCAGCCAGGGCCCCACGGCCCGUGGGGGCAUCCCCUUCCAGGUGUGGUGCAGGUAUUACUACCCCAAUGUCAGAGACCAGCUGGUGGCCAAAGGGCUGCUUCCUCUGUCCAAACUGUGCGCCAUGGUGACCAUGCAGACUCACGAACCGACCGGGCCCCAGGUGUUCUCCCUCCCCCUCCUGCCCCAGGCCCAGAGCACUGCAGAGCACCACCCUCAGCCUUCAGGACUGCUGGAUGUGUGUGUUCGUUACAAGCCUCGGCCAAUGAGAGCCCACGGUUUGAAAGAUGGGGCUGUGGCCUCCCGUGUCAUAGCCCUGGCAGUUCAGAUACACAGAGCAGCAGGCCUGCAGGCAGCAGCACGGGCGGCGGCUGGGCGGGACGAGGCGCUCCGUUACUACGCCGACGUGGGGGUGAACGCCUACGUGAGCGCGCGCCUGUCCUUCCUCCCGGAGAGGGAGAGGAGGAGCACCCGCGUGGUGGCCCGCUCCUUCUGCCCCGAGUUCGACCACCACACGGAGUACCCCUGCAGCCUGCUGGUGCAGAGCCCGACCGGGGAGGCCCGCAGCCUGGCCGAGCUGCUGGACGCCGCCCGCGCCGUCUUCACCCUGUGCCACCGGGACAGCCGGAGGGCCGAGGGCACGGAUUUCCCAGCAUCAAAGGACACUGUACUGGGCACCGUCACAGUACAGCUGGGAGACCUCAUUCAUAGGAGAACAGGGAUCUCCGGCUGGUUCCCCGUCUGUCUGCCCCAGGACCCGGGGUCCCCCGGGGCCCCCCCCGUCCUGGCGGGGGGGCUGGAGGUUUCGGUGAGCUUCGCGCACCACGCGGACAGAGAGAGGGUGAUCAGCGCCGCCCGCGGGCUGGGCUGGGAGGCGGGCGAGCCAGAGGAGGAGGACGAGGAGGAGGAGGAGCAGGGGGGCGGGGGGACGGUCACGCUCUCGGUGGCCACGCCCAGGCUGUGGCUGCCCCUGCACUGCCUGCUGUUGCCGGGACACGGGGCUCUGGAGCGCUCCACCUACUGCUACCUGCGCUACCGUCUGUACGAGGAGCCGGCCUACUGCUCGCCCCUGCGCCACCCCCGCGCCGGUGGGGACGGGGGGGGCGGGGGCGUGGCCACGGCGGCGUUCGGCGGCGGCGGGCGGGCGGUGGAGCUCAGGCGCACCCUCCCGCUGCGCUGGUACCUGCGCGAGGAGCGGCUGGAGGUCCAGGUGUGGGUGGCCUUCGGGAAGGAGAGGAGGGCCCGGCCGCACAACACCGACCGGCUGGUGGGCUCCGCCUACGUGGACCUGGCCGCCCUGGCCCGGAGGACCGGGAGCAGGCUGACCGUCAGCGGUGUGUACCCCAUUUUCAGACGCUCGGCUCCUGACCUGGAGGGUGCGGCCCUGCGCGUGCACAUCACCAUGACUCCCGCGCGGGACACGCCCCUCCCCGAGCAGCCCCGCCUCUCCAGCGACGGCGAGGACGAGCCCGGGAGACAGGGGGCGCUCUGCUCUGCCGAGGAAGAGGAGGAGGAGGAGGAGGAGGAAGGGCCCGCUCCCACGGUCACAGCCGCCUCCCGCCAAUCCGGCGCCCGCAGCCGACGCCCCGAGGUCCCCGCCCCUCGGGACGCCGACGCGGACGACACGUUCGCCGUGACCGUGACGGUCGACCGGGCCAUGCACCUGAGCCUGAGAGGUAGCCCGCUGGCGGAGCGCAGCGGCGGGACGCCCAGCUGCUGUGUGUCCUUUGCCACGGCCGAAGCGGAGAGCCCCAUCACCACCACGCCCGUGGUGCCGGGGAACAGCUGCCCGGUGUGGGACCACCAGUGGGUGGGCAGGCUAUCUAAGGAGGUUCUGUUGGAUCCACAGCAGACUAUGGUUUUCAAAGUUUGGCACAAAGGAGACAUGGAGCGGGUCGUUGGGUUCGCGUCCGUUGACCUCUCCCCGCUGCUGGCGGGGUUUCAGUCGGUGUGCGGCUGGUACAACAUCACCGAUUUUAACGGGCAGUGCCAGGGGCAGCUAAAAGUGGCCGUUUCCCCCCUGAAAGGGGUGCGCAACCUCCGGGGACAGAGGCAGGCGGCGCAGGAGGACGACGCCAAGGACCCCGCGCCUCUGUUCCAGACCCUUCCCUUGUGCUACCACACCUCCGCCAUGUACGCCAGCUUCCCGGCUCACCUCGCCCGCUACCCGGAGCAGAGGAUCAACGCCUCGCCUGAGCAGAUGGAGGCGCUGUUGUCUGGAAGGUCCAGCGCCAGCGACCGCGACCGCGACCGCGAACGCCAUGAGGAACAUGUCCACAAUGUGCGGGCCUUCCACCAGAGCCUGCAGGGGGGAGAGCGCCCCGCCCAGAGCUCCGCCCCCACCGACCUCCCUUCCUCCAGAUCCACACGCUUCUCAGCGCUGAGGAAAAACCUGAGUGAGCUGGACGACAUUCAGCGGUACUUCAGCCGCAAGCUGACCACGCCCACGUUCCCCCGCCUCUCGGACCAGGCCCCGCCUCCCAGGCCGGACGAGCGCAGAGACUCCGAGACGGACAGCGCUCAGCUGCUGCUUCGGUCCAAUCGGCUGGUGGGGGCAGUGAACAGCCUGAUCAGCGAUCUCCAUGGACACCGUCUCAGUGGCCCCCGAGACAUUACCCAGUGCACCUCCGGUCUGGCCACGCCCUCCGAGGACCACUUCCUGUCUGACGGGAACUGCUUUUUGCCAGGCGAGCGCACUGAGCCCCAGCGUGGCCCAAGUGAAGAGGCGGGGACUCCUCAGGACGGAGGGUCCCUCUGUGGCUUCCCCGUCCCGCAGGGGAGGGACGGACCCGGCGACACGCUGGCGAACGCCGCCGGGGAGAUCCGCCACGGAGACGACGGCCUUUCCCCCGACGAGGGCGAGGACGAGGGCGAGCGUCGGCACGGAAGCGAGGAGGAAGACGAGGAGGAAGAGGAGGAGGAGCAGGACUACGAGGAGACGGUGAUCGAGCCCCGAACGCUGAACGAGGUCACCGUGGCGACGGACAGGACCAGCCCGUGGACGAGCCUGCUGUCCGAGCCGGACCUGGGCUCCCUGCAGAGCCUGGAGGACCUGGAGGAGCAGCGCGGUCCAGCCGAGGAGGAGGAGGAGGAGAGCGGGAGAGGGUGUGGCAGGAGUUCUGCGGAGCUCCUCAGCUGCUCCUCCCCGGAGGAGGCCCCGCACGCGGACCCCAACCUCUCGGACGGGUCGGACUCAAACAGCGCCGGAGAGGGACACCGGGGCCCGGGGCCUGAGGAGAGGGCGGAGCCCACCACCGCCCCUCCCCAGGAUCAGUCGCCAGACGACGAGGAGACCCCCGACAGGGGCGAAGAUUCAGAGGAGGAGGAGAGGCGCACUGCCUCACCCGUCCCACAGAAUAUUUUGGAAGUGGGGAACAGCUGUCCGUCAGACAAGGAAGACUCCGGAGCAGAAGACAAGGAGAGCAAACGUCCUGAUCCUGUUGAUAUCCCAAAUUUCUUCCUCUCAACGGUCCAUCUGGAGGCGUCGAUGCGAGCCAUGCGUAUGGCCCCCGUGUUCCCAAGGCCUCUCACAGACACGCAGAAGUCGUCGGGUCAGUCAGGAACUUCGUUGCAAAAAGCUCCACGACCAAGACCCAGCAUACCGCCGCCUUCCGCUCGGAACAAAGAGGAAACAAAGAGGAUCGCCAAGAUUUUUGCAUCCCGUUUUACACAGGAAAAAUAGCAGUUUUAUCUUGUUUUUUUAAACAAAACUUUUUAACUUUGUUUCUCUGAAUGUAUAGUGUAUCUGUAUAUAAUGUCAUUUGUAUAUUAUUUGCUGUGUCUGUCAGAUCUGAAAUCUCCUGUGCUAAUUUCGGUGUCGGAUUAUGUUGAGAUUCCAUAUGUACAGUAAUUUUAAAAUAAUGUAAAGAGUGUACAUUUUUUUGUUCAUGCAGUAUUUCUGUAAUUUUUUAAUAAAUGAAAAUAAAAAGG